CGGCUGUACCCGAUCAUCUUCGUUUUGGGCACGACCAUCUACGUCUGGACUGUGUACGCGGCGUGCUACCUCGUUCCCAGUCUCGGCUUCCCGCAGCACACCAUAUUUGAGCCCGGGGUGACUGUGACAGCAGAGGGGAAAUUUACGGCGCAGGUAUAUGCAAGUCUUACUGGUCGUGCGCUUCUCAGUUUGCCAAAUUCGUAUAUUCUGUUUUUCGUGAUGAACAUGACGUGUGGUGGGACUGGGAGCAAAACCUCCUUCUGAACUAGCGUGGCCUUGUACUUGUUCCAGGGACGGUGAUGUCGAAUGUACUUCUACGCACUUUAGAUGAACAAACCCUCGUCCUCCAGGUCCAAGGAUGGUUUUUUCUUGCGUCCACUCUGCUGUUCCUGCACAGCUAUGCCAACGCGAUAUUCACGGAGCCUGGGUUCAUUCCCGACAGCCGCGCGUGGCGGAUGCACGCCAACAACGACGGCAGUGAACUUGCUCCCUUCCUGAUCGAGAAAAAGAAGGACGGGUUACUCCGGCACUGCAAGUGGUGCGCCAAGUACAAACCGGACCGCGCGCACCACUGCCGCGUGUUGGGGAAGUGCGUGUUGAAAAUGGACCACCACUGUCCCUGGAUCUGCAACACGGUUGGGUUCUACAACCACAAAUAUUUCAUGCUGAUCCUCUUCUACGCCACGUGCUGCCUGUGGAUUCUCUUCUUCAGCCUCCAGCCCUUCAUUCGGCAGAUCAUCACGGAGUCGGCGACCGGGAUGAUGGAACUUCCCGCGGUCUCGCUGUUCCUGCUGAUUUUCGCGGCCAGCAUCGGGUUUCUGUUGGGAAUCGUGGUGACUUCGUUCUUCGCGUUCCAUUUGUACCUGGUUUCGAUUAACUCCACGACAAUUGAAUUCUGCGAGAAGCAGGGCCAGUGGGAGAUGCAGGAUCAGUUCGAGUUGCUCGGCGCGGUUUCGCGGGCAACGGAAGAGCCGGUCUGUGGCGGGAACGCGGAUUCAAGGUUCGACUUGGGGUGUUUUGCGAAUUUCAAGGCAGCGUACGGGGAGAACUUUUUUUGCUGGUGUCUGCCGUUCACGGGGCCGGAAGGUAGAAAAAGAUAA